CCGGUGGCGGUUCGGUUCCCAUGGUAACCCCGCAGCUGCGGGCGUCGCGCUUUCCGGGCCAGUGGGCGGCGCGCUCCGGUGACGUCACGGCGCCACUUUCCGGCCGGUGGCAGAGUCGGGCUGAAGUUGUGGGGGCCGGGGGCGCCAUGGGGGCCACUGGCGACGCCGAGCAGCCGCGGGGACCCGGCGGGGCUGAGCGGGGCGGCACCGAGCUGGGUGACGCGGGCGCAGCGGGGCAGCUGGUUCUCAUGAACCCUUGGAACAUAAUGAUAAAGCACCGGCAGGUGCAGCGAAGGGGCCGGCGCUCACAAAUGACAACAAGUUUCACAGAUCCUGCCAUCUCCAUGGACCUCCUCCGAGCUGUCCUGCAGCCGAGCAUCAAUGAGGAGAUCCAGACUGUCUUCAACAAGUAUAUGAAGUUCUUCCAGAAAGCAGCACUGAACGUGCGAGACAACAUUGGGGAAGAGGUGGAUGCAGAGCAGCUGAUCCAGGAGGCCUGUCGGAGCUGCCUUGAACAGGCUAAGCUACUAUUUUCAGAUGGAGAAAAAGUAAUACCUAGAUUGACCCAUGAGCUUCCAGGAAUAAAGCGUGGCCGGCAGGCAGAGGAAGAAUGUACCCAUCGAGGAAGCCCCGUUCCCAAAAAGAGGAAAGGACGGCCUCCUGGACACAUUCUGUCAAAUGACCGGGCAGCAGCCGGCAUGGUCAGAUGGAAGCCAAAAUCCUCUGAACCGAUUCGCCGGGAAGGCCCCAAGCAACUGGUCCUCCUGAGAAGAUCCCACGUGAAAAUUGGAAUGAGGCACAAAAUAAAGAAAGGGCCAGGCUGGAGCUGGAGCUUAGUGGUAGAGCACUUCCCUAGCACGCACAGGCCUCGAGCUCCAUCCAAAAGAACGAGAUUCUAUAACAAAGAGAAGCAGGAGUCCCUUAUUCCACAAGUUCACGAACGGUCUGAUACUUUGCUCAUUACCUAAUAUUGACAGGCACUGCCUGAAUCUUUGUUUGACUUAUCUCAUUUAAUCUUUUUUUUUUCACAUUGUUCUAAUUUAUUUGAUUUAUCUGGAAAACUUUAUACAUUAUUUAAGAGGAAAGUAAAUAUUUUCUUGCUCUGAAAAAAUAAUGUUUUUCACAUUCUAAUCAUUUAAUCUUUAUAUCAGAUUUAUGAGAUAGGUUCUAUUAUCAUCUUGUAGUGAGGAGCUUCCUUUCCUGCCAACUCCCCUGCAGGUAAAAUUAUCUUCUCAGUUAUCUUAUGCUCUUAAUACACUUGAGUUUUGCCCAAAUCAUACAGCUAGCRAGAAAGAGCCAAGUCUCAGGCCCAAAGUCUGUUGACACCACUAGCCUCUGCUGCUUCCCAAACAGUUGUUUACAAGCUUUUUUAAGGAUUGAAUCCUUUAUUUCAAUAAAGUAAUUGCUGGAAGCCCAGUAAAAUAGAUAAAAGUACCGCAGUCUUCUUCGGAGCUGUGUCUGGAAGACACUAGCCACCUCUUCCCCCUGGUCCUCUCUGCUUUCCCGCUGGUUGUCACGCCUGCCUUCUAAACUCUGCUUACUCCCUUGAAGCUGGUGGCCGUGAGCUCUCCCAGAUCUUUCUGUUCUCUCCAAAUCUCCCUCUGUCUUGGUGACUUCUUCCUCGGCAGUGGCCCUUGGUUGUCCCCAGAAUACUCCCCUUGGCCCACUUCACCUAAAGCUUUUCGACGAAUGAUCUAAAUCAUCCACUGUGUGGUUUCAGGGACCACCAUCUGCUAAACUCCCCAGUCUCUUUAUCACAAACCUUUCUUCUUUAAAACCUGUAUAUCCUCCUGUCUGCUAGACCUUUCUGCCUGCAAGUUCCAUAGGCAUUUCAAAAGCAGCAUAUCUAGGACUCGGUUGUGGCUCAGCAGUAGAGCGUUCACCUAGCACGUGUGAGGCCCUGGG